CGCAGCCCGCGGGGCCCGCCGCAGCCAUGGGCAACCGCGGCAUGGAAGAUCUCAUCCCGCUGGUCAACCGGUUGCAGGACGCCUUCUCCGCCAUCGGCCAGAACGCGGACCUCGACCUGCCGCAGAUCGCUGUGGUGGGAGGCCAGAGCGCGGGCAAGAGCUCGGUGCUAGAGAAUUUCGUAGGCAGGGACUUCCUGCCCCGAGGAUCUGGCAUUGUCACCAGACGCCCACUGGUCCUGCAGCUGGUCAAUGCUACCACAGAAUAUGCCGAGUUCUUGCACUGCAAGGGGAAGAAGUUCACCGACUUCGAGGAGGUGCGCCUGGAGAUCGAGGCUGAGACCGACCGGGUCACCGGCACCAACAAGGGCAUCUCGCCGGUGCCCAUCAACCUCCGUGUCUACUCGCCGCACGUGCUGAACCUGACCCUGGUGGACCUGCCCGGAAUGACCAAGGUCCCGGUAGGGGACCAGCCUCCAGACAUCGAGUUCCAGAUCCGGGACAUGCUUAUGCAGUUCGUCACCAAGGAGAACUGCCUUAUCCUGGCCGUGUCCCCGGCCAACUCUGACCUGGCCAACUCUGAUGCCCUCAAGGUCGCCAAGGAGGUAGACCCCCAGGGUCAGCGCACCAUCGGGGUCAUCACCAAGCUGGACCUGAUGGACGAGGGCACAGAUGCCCGUGACGUGCUGGAGAACAAACUGCUCCCCCUGCGCAGAGGCUACAUUGGGGUAGUGAACCGGAGCCAGAAGGACAUCGAUGGCAAGAAGGAUAUCACAGCUGCCUUGGCCGCUGAACGCAAGUUCUUCCUGUCUCACCCGUCCUACCGCCACCUGGCUGACCGCAUGGGCACUCCCUACCUGCAGAAGGUCCUCAACCAGCAACUGACGAACCACAUCCGGGACACACUGCCGGGACUGCGGAACAAGCUGCAGAGCCAGCUGCUGUCCAUCGAGAAGGAGGUGGAGGAGUACAAGAACUUCCGCCCCGAUGACCCAGCUCGCAAGACCAAGGCCCUGCUGCAGAUGGUCCAGCAGUUCGCCGUGGACUUCGAGAAGCGCAUUGAGGGCUCAGGGGACCAGAUUGACACCUAUGAACUAUCAGGAGGAGCCCGCAUCAACCGGAUCUUUCAUGAGCGCUUCCCUUUUGAGCUGGUCAAGAUGGAGUUUGACGAGAAGGAACUCCGAAGGGAGAUCAGCUAUGCCAUCAAGAACAUCCACGGCAUUAGAACGGGGCUCUUUACCCCAGACAUGGCCUUUGAGACCAUUGUGAAAAAGCAGGUGAAGAAGAUCCGAGAACCGUGUCUCAAGUGUGUGGACAUGGUUAUCUCGGAGCUAAUCAGCACCGUUAGACAGUGCACCAAGAAGCUCCAGCAGUACCCACGGCUGCGGGAGGAGAUGGAGCGCAUCGUGACCACCCACAUCCGGGAGCGCGAGGGUCGCACCAAGGAGCAGGUCAUGCUUCUCAUUGAUAUUGAGCUGGCUUACAUGAAUACCAACCACGAGGACUUCAUAGGCUUUGCCAAUGCUCAGCAGAGGAGCAACCAGAUGAGCAAGAAGAAGGCUUCAGGGAACCAGGAUGAGAUUCUGGUCAUCCGGAAGGGCUGGCUGACCAUCAACAACAUUGGCAUCAUGAAGGGGGGCUCCAAGGAGUAUUGGUUCGUGCUGACCGCUGAGAAUCUGUCCUGGUACAAAGACGAUGAGGAGAAAGAGAAGAAAUACAUGCUGUCCGUGGACAACCUGAAGCUGAGGGACGUGGAAAAGGGCUUCAUGUCAAGCAAGCACAUCUUUGCCCUGUUCAACACGGAGCAGAGAAAUGUCUACAAGGAUUAUCGGCAGCUGGAAUUGGCCUGUGAGACACAGGAGGAGGUGGAUAGCUGGAAGGCCUCCUUCUUGAGGGCUGGCGUGUACCCCGAACGUGUUGGGGACAAGGAGAAAGCCAGUGAGACCGAGGAGAAUGGCUCAGACAGCUUCAUGCACUCCAUGGACCCACAGCUGGAAAGGCAGGUGGAGACCAUCCGGAACCUGGUGGACUCGUACAUGGCCAUCGUCAACAAGACCGUGCGGGACCUCAUGCCUAAGACCAUCAUGCACCUCAUGAUCAACAAUACCAAGGAAUUCAUCUUCUCGGAGCUGCUGGCCAACCUCUACUCGUGCGGGGACCAGAACACACUGAUGGAGGAGUCGGCUGAGCAGGCACAGCGACGUGACGAGAUGCUGCGCAUGUACCACGCACUGAAGGAGGCGCUCAGCAUCAUCGGCGACAUCAACACGACCACCGUCAGCACGCCCAUGCCCCCGCCCGUGGACGACUCCUGGCUGCAGGUGCAGAGCGUACCGGCUGGACGCAGGUCACCCACGUCCAGCCCCACGCCGCAGCGCAGAGCCCCCGCCGUGCCCCCAGCCCGGCCCGGGUCGCGGGGCCCUGCUCCUGGGCCUCCGCCUGCUGGGUCCGCCCUGGGGGGGGCGCCCCCCGUGCCCUCCAGGCCGGGGGCUUCCCCUGACCCCUUCGGUCCUCCCCCCCAGGUGCCCUCGCGCCCCAACCGCGCCCCGCCCGGGGUCCCCAGCCGAUCGGGUCAGGCAAGUCCAUCCCGUCCUGAGAGCCCCAGGCCCCCCUUCGACCUCUAACCAGAUCCCUUCUAUUCCUCGGAGAGCUCCCUUUCCAAGCCUGCCUGGACGGCUGUUCUGUGACUUGACAGUGGCUCCCCAGCCCCAAAGCCUCCCUCUUCAUCUGUGACUUAGUCUUUUGUAGUGGUGAGCUGACACACCCAGCGUGACGUUGGUGAAACUUGUGCCCCUCUGUGGUAUUGCUCCUGCUCCGUUCUAUAAAUAUCUAUAAAUACUCAUAUAUAUAUAUAUAUUCACACACAUACACAUGGCCGCCAUAGCCUCGCCUCUAGCGCUGGGAAUCACCGUGCCGUCCUUGAGGAGUCUUGUGGCCCAACUACAAGGGAACACUGUCACCCUGACAUCCCCCUCCAAAGCGUGCCACCUCCAGUGAGCCUCCCUGUCAUGCCCAGCCCGUGGACAGCCAGCCCCACUCUGCCACCUUCCUGUCCCUCCCCCGCUAAGCGCGGGGGUGCUGUACCGGCAGCUGUGUGGCUCUCGCUGUGACCAGUCUUGCUGUCUCUUGGCUGAGAAUAAAACCCAUUUCUGGACGAUGGGAAACAGUGUGUCUUCUGCUGCCUUGUGUUCUCUGUGGCACCCAGGGAGAGGUGAAGUUUUGAACAUUGGGGUGCAGGGGUAGGGCAGCACCCGGCCAUUGCUAGGGUGCUGUCGGGAGUAUGAAACAAGCCCCCGUCCUCUCCAAGGCCUACUGGGAAGGCACCUGGAGAGUAGCAGGUCCUUGUCCUGUGAACCCUGCCCUGACCCCUAGGGCACAGGGCCACCAACUCAACCAGCGGGGAGGAUGCGGGGCAUGGGCAGGCACUGUGGAGGGACGGGACAAACAGGCCACCAGGGCAGGGACAUGGAAACCCCUUGGCCUGGAAGUCAGCUCUCUUGGGUGCUGGCACCCUGCUUUCCCUCUCCAGGAUUACGUCAGGCUUCUGAGUCUGUCGGCCAUUAGGGCAGGCCUGUCCUUUAUAGCCCCCUGGUAAUCCCCUCAGGAUCCCCCAGGCUUCACCAAGCAGCAUGCAGGUGACA